UAUGAUCCAAGAAAUUGGGAUGCCCUUGAUUCUAAAUUAAUAGAUAUUAUUGUGAAAGAUGGUCCUAAAAGAGAUUUAUUAAUAAACAAAGGUCCUAAAGAUAAAUUCUCUAGAAGAUUUUCAUCAGCAUUUUACACAAGAUAUUUGUCAAAUGGAGAGAAGUUUGGUGUUAGACUUAAAGAGCAUGAAACAAGUGUAGAUCAUAUAACUAAUAUGACAACUUGGAUGGAGUUGGGUCUUAGAUUACAAAAAAAUGAGACAAUUGAUAAAGUGGCUCAAGAACAACUUUUGAAAGAAAAAGAAUAUUGGAGGAAAGUACUAUUUAGGAUUAUUGCAGCUGUGAAGUACCUUGCUAAAAAUAACUUGGCAUUUCGUGGAACAAGUGAGAAGUUGUAUGAGAAUAACAAUGGGAAUUUUUUGGGUCUAAUUGAAAUGUUGGCUGAGUUUGAUCCUAUCAUUCAAGAGCAUGUUUUACGUGCUAUAAAUCGUGAUAUUCAUCAUCAUUAUCUUGGUCAUAAGAUUCAAAACGAAUUGAUACUUAUGCUUGCCACUGCAGUUAAAACAAAAGUCAUCAAAAAAAUCAAAGAAGCAAAAUAUUUUUCAGUGAUAUUAGAUUGUACUCCUGAUGUCAGUCACCAAGAACAAAUGUCUUUGAUUAUAAGAUGUGUGGAUAUAUCAACAUAUCCAAUUAAAAUAGAAGAGUUCUUCUUGGAAUUCUUGGUUGUGAAUGACACUACUGGCCAAGGUCUUUUUGAAGUAUUACAAAAUGUGUUGAUAUCACUUGAUCUUGAUAUAGAUAAUGUAAGGGGACAAGGUUAUGACAAUGGGUCAAAUAUGAGAGGGAGACAUCAAGGUGUACAAAAAAGACUCUUGGAUAUAAAUCGUAGAGCAUUUUAUACUCCUUGUGGUAGUCAUAGUCUUAACUUGACUUUGUGUGACGUUGCAAAUAGUUGUGGCAAAGCAAGGGAUUUCUUUGGAGUAGUGCAACGUAUUUACACAAUAUUUGCUAAUUCCACAAAGAGGUGGCAUAUCUUGAAAAGUAAUGUAACAAAUCUAACUCCUAAGCCAUUGUCAUCUACUCGAUGGGAAAGUCGUGUAGAAAGUGUUAAAGCAAUUAGAUAUCAAGUCAGUGAUAUUCGAGAAGCCCUACUUCAAGUGGCAGAUACAGACGGUGAUUCUAAAAUUCAAAGUGAGGCAAAAUCUUUAGCUACAAAUGAGCUUAGUAACUUUGAAUUUUUGCUAGUCACAAUCAUUUGGUUCGAAAUCUUAUCUAUGGUCAAUAUAGUUAGCAAGCAAUUACAAACAAAAGAUAUGCUUCUUGAUAAUUAUAGAGAAAAUGGUUUUUCUACUGCCAUGGAUAUUGCAAAGGAAAUUGUCACUGAAUUAGAAAUUGAGCCAGUGUUUCCUCAAAAGCGAAAAAUUCGUAGAAAAAGACAAUUUGAUGAGAGUGCUGAUGAUACUUCAUUAUCACCAGAAAAAUCUUUUAGGGUUCAUUAUUUUUUAUACAUUGUAGAUCAAGCUAUUAUUUCAUUGACUCAAAGGUUUGAGCAAUAUGAAGUAUAUGAAGGAACUUUUGGUUUUUUGUUUAGUUCUCACAAGUUACAAUUGAUGGCUGAUAUGGAUUUGAAGUCUUGUUGCAUUUGUUUAGAAGCAGCUCUUAAAAGAGAUGAGCAGUGUGGUGAUAUUGACGGAAAUGAAUUGUAUAUUGAGCUAAAAUUACUUAGAGAGAUUUUAUCGAAAGAAAAUAUAGGAGCAGUGAGUAUAUUGAAUUCAUUGAAACAGAUGGGUUGUUUUCCAAAUGCUACUAUUGCAUAUCGAAUAUUAUUGACUAUCCCAAUUACUGUUGCCUCUGCAGAGAGGAGUUUUUCAAAGUUGAAAUUGUUGAAAUCUUACUUACGAUCAAGUAUGUUGCAAGAGAGACUCAAUGGAUUAGCUUUAAUCUCUAUUGAAAAUGAGAUUUUGGAAGAAAUUGAUAUCAAAAGUUUAGUAGAUGAUUUUGCGUCUAAGUGUGCACGGCGCAUUUCACUUUUUAAUUAA